AGGAAAGGAAAAAGAAGAAGAAAAAGAAAUGAUAACGUUAUGUCUCGGACCUCUAAAGCGGUUCUGGGACUUUCUGUGCUUCUGACUGUGAGCACCGUGACUGCGGUCCAUCUCAGGCAGGCCUGGGAUAGACAGCGUCUCCACGAAGGCGUCCUGAGAGAUUUGGAGCGCGUGGAGCGGAAGAAGGAGAACCUCCGUCUUCUGGAGGAGAACAGAAAGUUGAGCGCUCACCUGGAAGAGGAGCGGCGGCAGAGGGAGGCGGAGCGCCGUCCUCCAGACCACGCCCCCCACUAA